CUUCCUUCAGUCUCAGCCGCUAACUCCGGCGCCGCCGCGCUCUGCCCUGGAGCGCGAGCCAGAGGAGCGGCGCCCCGCAGACCGGAGCCCGGGCGCGGGCGAUGCUGGAGCCGCCGGCGGCACCUGCGGCUCCUCCGGGCGGGGGCUGCGGUGGCCUGGGCGGCCGUAGCGCGGGCCCCGGCAUCCUCGGCAGCCACAGCCGCUGCGGCCCGGGCAGCCUCCGCCGCGGUCGCCGCCUCUGAUGCGCCUGCCCGCGCCCGGCCCCGCGGCUCCGGGAGGAUGUGGGUCCUCGGCGUCGCAGCAACUUUCUGCGGAUUGUUCUUUCUUCAAGGCUUUGCGCUGCAGAUCCAGUGUUACCAGUGUGAAGAAUUCCAGCUGAACAACGACUGCUCCUCCCCCGAGUUCAUCGUGAACUGCACAGUGAACGUUCAAGACAUGUGUCAGAAAGAAGUCAUGGAGCAGAGUGCGGGAAUCAUGUACCGCAAGUCCUGUGCAUCGUCAGCAGCCUGCCUCAUCGCCUCUGCUGGGUACCAAUCCUUCUGCUCCCCAGGGAAACUGAACUCAGUGUGCAUCAGCUGCUGUAACACCCCUCUUUGCAAUGGGCCACGGCCCAAGAAAAGGAGCAGUCCUGCCUCGGCACUUCGGCCCCAGCUCCCCACCACCAUGCUGCUCCUCAAACUAGCCCUCUUCUUGGCACACUGCUGAAGCUGAAAGAGAUGCAGCCUCUCCUGCAUUGU